AUGGUGUACGGCAGUGGCGCGGGCGUGUCGGAGUCGGAGGUGGUGACACUGCGGUUCGCCCGACAGGUGGUGGCAGGGCGGUGGUUCAUGGCGCUCGCGUGCCUGCUCAUCCUGUCCGCGUCGGGGGCGACCUACGCCUUCGGCAUCUACUCCACGGCGCUCAAGUCGUCGCUGGGCUACGACCAGUGCACGCUCAACACGCUCGCCUUCUUCAAGGACCUCGGCAGCAACGUCGGCGUCGUCGCCGGCCUCCUGAACGAGGUCGCGCCACCCUCGGCCGUGCUCGCCGUCGGCGCCGCCAUGAACCUCACCGGCUACCUCAUGGUCUACCUCGUCGUCGCCGGCCGGACGACGCGCCCGCCGCUCUGGCUCAUGUGCGCCUACGUCUGCGCUGGGGCCAACUCGCAGUCCUUGGCCGGCACCGGCGCGCUCAUCACCUGCGUCAAGAGCUUUCCAGGGAGCGGCCGCGGGGUCGUGCUGGGCCUGCUCAAGGGCUACGUCGGCCUCAGCGGCGCCAUCCUCACGCAGCUCUACCUCGCCAUCUACGGCGGGGACGACUCCAAGUCCAUCCUGCUGCUCAUCGCAUGGCUCCCCGCAGCCGUCUCCGUCGUCUUCCUCCCCGUCGUUCGCGUCAAGCCGCCGCCGCCUAGACGAAACGAGGAUGGCGCUUUCUUCUGCUUCCUCUACAUUUCCGUCGCCCUCGCCUCCUACAUACUCGUGAUGAUCGUCGUCCAGAAGCAGAGCGGCUUCUCGCACGCUGCCUACGCCGCGUCGGCCACCGCGCUGCUCAUUCUCCUCACCCUUCCCCUGCUCUCUGUCCUCGUCCGGCAGGAGUACUAUGUUAGCGUCCCAGCUACACCUGGACCGAGAGAAGCCACGGUACCAAGCCGGCCCAGAAGGGAAAGGAGGCCUUGCCACAAGUUUACUGGACCCCAAUGGAUCUCCUACAUGUUCAGCUCAGGAGACUAGGUUGCAGAAGGAUAUAAGGCAGGUAACAGGUAGAGAGCGGGCAUCCCGACUAGGAUCAGGCGGCGGCGGCGGCGGCGUGUGUGUAUCUCUCUGUAAUCCUGAUCCCCUUCUUAUCUCCUUCCCCAGUUGUACUGCUACCUGAUUCAGAUUACCAUAGU